AGGACAUGCACUUGGUGAGACUGAGAGGACAAACCAUAGAGAAAGAAAAACUCCCCACUUAUAUUCAUUUUUCUAUUCGUACAUACUCAUAGUGAUAAUCCAACAUCUACAUCAUGAUCUAGUACUUACAAAUACAUGAAUGUCCGCAUACUUCAAGUGGUAGCGUGACGAGCAGCACGGUGUCUUCAGUAUCUUCAACAUCUCAGAGUGUGGCAAAAGUGAAAGUGAAACGACUAAGAAAAUAUAUUUUAGAGUAGUUUAUAGACGCUGGGCGGCUGGGCUACGCUGGGUGGCUGGGCGGCCUCGCUGGGCACGCUGGGCGGCAACGCGGGGCACGCUGGGCGGCAACGCUGGGCACGCUGGGCGGGCGCUUGGAUAGCGCUUAGCGGACUUGAGGGCCACACAUUGGGCAUGCCGAGCCUGCGCGGCCGAUGGAUUUACUUGCGCCGCGGGGACGCGGGGCAGCGCGUCCCGCGAGGACAGACAAAGGCGGCGCGCCGCCCUCAAGGUUCAGGGCAGCGCUGGCGCAGUGCUGCGCCAGUUUGCGCAGUAGCGGGCUGUGCGGCGCCUGCUCUGUUCAGGCUUGCACUCCGUCGCGCUGCACUGCGCUACUCGGUGCGUGCAAUGCUGCGCCGCUCUUGUGCACAGCGGUAAACUCGCCGGCGUCGUUGGCUUUGGCCUACGCUAGACUAGCACUGCUGGUGGGGUUCUCAAGCGGGCGCCCGAAGGGCGCCCCGCAAUUGGAGACGCCCAGCGUGACGCUGGGCGCAGGUUUCGGAAGAUCUGGCACAUUUGGGUCGCCCAGCGACCCAGUGUGCCCAGCGUCCCCAGCCCAGCCAUGUUGGGAACCCUUAACCUUAUAAACUUUUCUAAUAUUUAUAUUCAUUGGCAUCGUAGACGUGGCUGAACGCUGCUCUUGAUCCGUUGCGAAGAUGCUUGGGCGUGGACCGCAACAGCGUGCUAGCACUUUGCUGCAGCCACGCGUGGGUCUUCCUCAGAUGAACAGGGCUACGGCACAGAUGAAUGCCGGUCGAAACGUUGAUAGUCUUGGGGCCUCGCAUCAAGGUAGAAACGUACCUCAACAGCCUGAUCGCUCGCGCGCUAAGAACCAUGCUGCUGCCGUUCCAGCAACGUCGGCAAACAGAGAUGUUAAGACUUGCGCAAAUUAAUCUUGUUUUUUGGUGGAAGCAUUCUGAUUGCGAGAAUCGGGUCGUGCUUUGGAGGACAACGACCCAAAAACUUUACAAUUAUUUAGGUUCACUAGUACUACUGCUUAAUUCCGUAGUACUCGUUGUGCCGCCGCUCCUUCCACUGCCGCUGACGGGUGGAAAUAAGUACUAGUUACCGGACCACGACUGUCCUCCAGAAAGACGAGGGAACAAAGUCUUCUAUUCACAUUUCUAAUGUUCUUAGACGAACUGGAGCUCGAACCACGCGACAAGAAACAGGUAGUCGCAGUUCGAACAGAGCGACAAAGACUAUGUCCUCUGAAAGCCGAACGGAAGACGAUACAAGCUCUCUCAGUGAAUCGGAAUGUUCAAAGCCUGGCGUUGAGGCAACGACGAGUGGCCUAGACGAGGCUGCGACAGAGGACGAGACGGAGGGUGAGGUAAGAUUGCAGAAGAUUUGUGCUUUGUAGUUAUGCCGUGUUACUUAUACUUAUAGAUACUCAUAAAUACUACAAGAUAAGCAUAUACUAAUACUUUCUUAGUUUCUGUAGUAUUUUCGCACUCUCACCUGUGAUAGCCAUAGCGUAUUGCAACACUUUUUCUUGAUGCUUAUGGUCAUAGAUUUUAUGAACAUCUUCAUUUCCUCCAUGUCCAUUUUUUGAUGGUAUUGAUAGCAUUUGGUGUUGUUAUUGGUAACAAAACGAAAUCGAUCGUAUUUGUAUUUGCUACCAGACUGAAAGCGAGGCAUCUGCUGCCCUCGAUGCUCGGAGACGUGCGCUGAGUGACGAGCCGGGUACUAGCUGUAGGACGAACAAAUCGCUGUCGACGUCGAAGCAAACGAGCCGCUUAAUGGACAUGGACUCUUCUGUUGAUGGCCAUAGGCGCCAUGAAGGCGAGGAUGACAAUAUCGGCGAAGAGUCAAACCUUCUUGCCGAGGAUACGUCAUCAAAAAGAUGCUGCUCUUGGAGUAAAGAGAAAUCUUCGACAAUGUCGAAAGAAGACGUUGCUCAUAAGAAAAAUGCUGGAGGGGGAGUCCAACGAGAAGAAUUGGAGGUGGAGGCGGUGCAUCCCACUCCUUGUUCGUCUCCGGAGCAGACGAGUAAAAGUAAGACCAGUUCUAGGGUUGGAUUCUUCUCCUGUUGCAUAGGUAGGAACCGAGAGAAGGUCGCGUUGAAGUCCUCCGCAGUACGAGGAACCGAGAUUGAUGAAGAGGAUCUGAUUGGAGCCGCUUUUUCGACGCCAUCGCACAACUUCAAUAAGAAAUUACGAGAUCAUCAACCAGAUCAAGAUUCACCCGGUGGUGCCACAACAACUACAACAGCUACUUCCGGAACAUCUUCUCCAUCGCCUUCUAACAACAGCAACCGUGACAAUACGGCUAGGUCGUUGAACCGCCUAGACAGUGAUGUUGAGCCAGAUACUCUACUUGGGGACCGUGAUCUCUCUGCCAUUCGCAAAAACGUAAAGGAUCGUGCUGCGAAAAAGCGGAAAGGAUCGGGCUGCUGCGGCCGACGAGUAUUGUGUCCUGAGUUCGUCUUAGUCCUAGCGGUCGCGUUGGCGACGGUUGUCGUGUUUGCGUACUUCAUUUAUGUCACACAUAACGAAGUCCGAAAACGUCAACAACCGCAACUAUCUCUACAACGUGCAGCUGAAGCAGCACAAGGACGAGUAGGAGGAGACAGAGAUGGAGGAGAGGGACGCGAUCCUAUCCAUCAGCAAAAUCCCGGAGGUGGUAAAUCUCCAUCUGACGGAGCCGCAGAAAGAAGCAGGAGCAGCGCAAGGUCUGAUGCAAGCAGAGCCCCAGGUCCGAUCACCACUGGUAUGGAUUACACGGGGACGAGAAUACUGAACCAAAGUGAUCCCACCGGCGCAGGGUCCGCUUCAAGUGGCACACGCUUUAUGGCGCCACGUGGCGCAAGUGACGGAGACAGGGAGAGUCACGCUGGGGCUGCAAGGGCUGGCUGACAAGAGUAGGCGACCUACACGAAAUUGGAGGCCGAGCUAGAUUUUAUCAUGAAACAAGCAAAAAAAAUCGCGCAAUGGCAAACUCUAUCUCAACUCAACGAAUGCAAGCGCCGUCGACAGCAGGAAAGGACAUGCUGAUGCUAAACAAAAACAUCAGGACUAGUAAAAAUAGCACGAUACUAGCUUAGGCAUAUUUUUAGAAGUAAUUAGAAUCUUCAUAAAACUAGAGUACAAGUAGUAACGCAAAAGAUACAUUUUUAUCAGUACUCUUCCUCUUCGAUAUCUUCGUUGACAUUAUUUAAAUCAUGAAGCACUCUUCCCUGUACGUAGCAGUAGCUUCCUAGGAACCAAAAAGUAAAUAAUACUUUCCCUAUUUUUUCAUGAAGAAGAUAAUCAAACAUCUAUUAAUGACUUCUUCAGAUCGAGUUAAGCCAAAUCCUUGACCAUGGAUCUCGUCUCUAAAUUGCAAACCUAGUAAUAGCUUCAUCAGAACUUCAACUACACCUCGAGAGUAUACAGGUCGUUGGGAUGAUGAAGUAGCAUUGAAAAAAAAUGAGAUAAUCAAUAUCGUCAACAUGCGACUUGCUGCUGGAGGAGAAUCACCGCACUAUCUAUGUAUUAAAUUCUCUUAUGUACUAUGUAUAUCUAUAUAGCUGGAGAAGAUGGUGAAGCUGGGGGCAAUGUCGAAGUGUAGUUAUCUUUUUGACAUUGCUGCGCAACACAUUGGCAUCGGUGAUGUGUUGGAUCUUUUGUUUUCGUCGAGAUUUCGUUCGGUAUUUAUCCAUAUUAGAAAUAGGUUGGAGGUCGACGCUCGAUGACGAUCAACAUAAUGGCGAGAUAAACGUCCACAGCAUAUAGAUAGUUGCAUAGUGAUAGCAACACCACCGGUUCUUCAUUCUGAUAUUUUAGAUUACACAGCAGGCAUCCACACGAAGAUCAUGCGAAGACUUUUCCACCAGCCCAUCAGAUUCAGACGAGGGUGAAUGACCGGUUUUCGAUCGCUAUAACGUAUCUUCUUCUUGAUUAUCAAAUGAAAAGGAACUACAGCGACUAUCAUCGAUCAUGUGUCUCUUUUCUACUCAGGUUUCAUUUUCAAUGCUCGAUACCGUUCAAUUCAUGUUUGAAAUGCCAAGCUCGUUGUUAGUUGUGUGUUAGAUAGUGUAACUUGAAGACAAAAAUCAUUAUCGGUAAUCGUCCGUUACCGUUUCACCUUCAACCAUAGUCAGGAUAUCUAAUCUGUCUCACUUUGCCAAUUGUCUGCAGAACACUUCGUGAUCUACUUGCGCGUGAAUCUGAUCCCAGGCUCGUGGAUGAUGCAGUGACGCUGAGUCGACGAGAGAAACAUGUUUAGCGUUAGCCACAGAGAACGUGAAGGACAAAAGAAGGGAGAGAAAAGCAUUUUAG